AUGUUCAUUCGACACAAAGUCAUUGAUACGGCCGACGACGCCUCCGCCUCCGGAGUUGUGGCUGUAGGUCUGGAUUUAGGGAAAGAAGGGCCACUGGUUCACAUUGUUGCCUGCAUCGCUUCAUUAUUAGGUCAAGGUGGGCCCGAUGACUGCAAAUUCAUCCCUCAAGCUCCCCCCGAUGGUCCUCUGAUCAAAAGAUGUGGAGAAAUGGCACGAAAGCUGCGGUUCUUAAAAGAUCAAAUGCCAAAGGCGGUCCUAUGUCAUUGUCUGGAGGUAAAGAAAGGUGGAAUGCCACCUGGACCUCGUGCUGGUUUCUCUAUGUGUGUACAUAAAAAGCGGACUAUGUUAUUUGGUGAAGUUUUUGACAUGGAGGCUGAAGGUGAUGUGUUAAUGAGCUUUCCUACUGAUGGUGGGACAGGGGGAGGAGCUCCUGGAGAUGGACCAAUUAUGUUAGUUUUAGCUCCAACUCGUGAACUUGAUUCUAUUUUUCAGAAUAAUGAACAGAAGGACAACCAAAAUUUUCUUACAACAGAGACAACAAUUGUAUGGCCUCUUGCCUUUAAAAAGAAAAGCAGGUUGGCACAUCCUGAUCAACCCUCCAUAACCUUCACAACUUCCAACUUUAAUCCACUACUUAGCGGUGAAGGUGGUGGUGGUCCUAUUCCUUUUGAUCUUUCGUUGCCUAUUGCUAAACAGAAUGAUGAUGGUAGUAUAGGGUAUUCGGUUCUUCCCAACAACACUUGUCAGCAUGCUGCUCCAACCUUUGUCAAUUUAAUGAAUGCUGUAAUUCUUAGGCUUGCUACACAUAAUGAGAAUAUGACCAUACAAAUACGUAAUCAUCCAAUGCCAAUGACAGAAAGUCAACACCUGCAACAUCAAGACCUGGAUGCAUUCUCUGUAACUAUUGUUGUGUAUUUAAAUAGUGAUUUCAUUCGUGCUUCAUUUGUUGUUCCUAUUGUGAAGGAGCAUGAAGUAAAAGUGAAACAUCAACAACUGAUUAGUGGGGUAUCUAUAUUGUCAUAUUGGGUGUCAACACAUAUAUGGGACAUCAUAAGCUUCUUAGUCCCUUCCUUAUUUGCAAUCAUUCUCUUUUACAUCUUUGGCUCAGAACAGUUUAUUGGAAAUGGUGUUAUAUUCCCUACAGUUCUCAUUCUGCUGGAAUAUGGUUUUGCAACUGCAUCUUCAACAUAUUGCCUAACCUUUUUCUCAAGGAUUUUGCUUUGCUGAUGGACUAGCUUCACUGGUGGAUCUAUUUGUUAUCUGGCUGUUGAGGGUGUCAUUUUUUCCUUCUAACACUUGGGCUUAAAUAUUUCCCUCCCCCAUGAAUUCAAUGUAUUUGGCAUAAAGAUCUUCCACAGAAAGUUUGUUUCUAACAAAACUGAGAAGAGUUUGAAGCAUUACUUUGAUUUUUAGGAUUACUUGGAAACUCAUUGUUGUCUAACAGUUUAGACAACAUUGAUCUAACGAAUUUGAAGCAUGCCUACAGUGGUGGAUGGAAAACUAAUAAAUAAAGGUGAAGUUUUUUUCUAACAAGAAUUUUUUUGUUUUAGGUGACAAUGGAUCACAGGCCUCCAUUCCUCACACUUGGGAUACCAGCUGCCUUUUAAAGGGUUGUACCUUCUUCUUACACUAACAAAAAUCCAAUCAAGAUUUUGCUUGUUUAGUUGAUUCUUUUUCUUAGGCAUUCUUGACUCGUCUUGGAUUAAAGCAUUGUUAUCUUAUCAGCAAGUAAUUACUUUCCAGCCACGCCCGGUGGGCAGCCGCCCAUGACACCAAGUUCAACAUUUUUACGUAGUACACCAGGUGGCAAACCAAUGACAUGAAGGAUCAGGUUAUAUAGUUAGGGAUGUAGUAUCAGGUUAUAUAGUUAGGGAAAACCCCUUAAUAACAAUGUAUGACAUUAAAUUUUUGUUACAACUAUUGAUUUGUUUUAUCUUUCCAU